ACUAUUUGUUACACUUUGAAGGAACUAGAAGGAAAGAAAAUGUCAGGUUUACACAGGUUUUCACUGAAGUAGCAUCAAGAUGGGGCUGAAGAAAGCUUUCUUUCUCCCAGAUGACACCCUGAUACAGACCCAUACUGCAGCUCUGGUAGGAAACACUUCACAAGGCAACCUUAGCACAGCACCGCCUCCCAACGCCUCCACACCACUACCAGCGCCCUCUAUAAUCACACUGCCACCAUGCCAAUGGAUUCUGUACGAAGAUAUCAACGACUCACACGUCCGUAUCUGGGACUUGAUGAUCCUCAUUCCCAACGUGAUAUUUGCCAUCUUCAUGCUACUGAGGAUACGAACAGCGCUACAGAAACUCGGCACCACAGGCAGCCCUAUCUUCACAGCUUUUUACACUCUGGUGUGGGUGAUCUGUAUAAUUGGAGUGAUCCGUGCAGUGAUAGCCAUGAUAGUGAGUCACCAUAAUAUUGCUGAUAAGAUAUUAUGGUUGGUGCUGAGAUUUUUCUUGUUAGCUACAGAAAUGUCUGUUGUCAUUUUUGGACUGUUGUUUGGUCACCUGGACAGCAGGACCAGUAUCAGGAGAGUCCUGGCAAUUACUUGUUUCCUUGCAGCAAUCUAUUCAAUAACACAGGGUGUAUUGGAGUUCCAUUACCAUGACAAGAAAUAUUACCUAGAGGGAGAAAAUUAUGAUAUUUUUGCUCAUGGAGGAAUGAUCUUUUUGUGUGCCAGUGCGGCAUUCUUCUUAGUGGUGUACAUCACGGUACUUGUCUUGCCGUAUACCCCACUCAAGGACAAGCUCAACUUGCCAUCUAAGAAGAGUUUCUAUAUCUACUGCGGCAUACUAGCGUUGCUAAAUCUGGGUGAAGUUAUUGGCAGCGCGGCUUUAGAAAUGGGUGCAAUCGAAGGCAUGUGUGUGGUGGACGUAGCCGCCUAUCUUUACUUUUCCAUGUUUGCACCGCUUGUGUUUUGUACAUUUUUGUGGAAAUUUUUUGGAACUCCGAGGUUGAAUCUUUUGUUUUCAUACAAAUCUCACAUGGACGAAGGAGGUGUUGAAGACGACCAGGUCAGCCUGCCCUAUCAGACGCCUCGCAUCGAUGCCUCCAUGACGUCCGGCUACGAUAGCACGCCUUUCGACACAAACAGUGCAACAGGAAGUGGGGAGGAGGAUUUUGACAUUGGUCCGAGUAAGAACCCGUUGUAUGACCAUUCUGAGGACUUCACUGUGCUCGACUCUGGAGACUAUAGCAUCAAUGCCGAUAUUCCGUCUGGAUUUGAGGCAAGCAAGGCAGAAUUGACAUGAACUCUUUCCGAGUUCUGAGAGAGAGAGGAGAAACAACAUCAAGUCACUCGGUCUAGUUUCAUUAUCAACCACUAACGGGCAGAAUGAGUCUAAGGCCAAAAGAGGCCUUUUACUUGAAACGUCAGCUGAUUGUUCCUUGUUUCUCUGCAUCUUCUCAGUUGAAACAAAGAAAUGGCAGGGAUUAUUAUUUCUGUUACAUUAAGAACAAAUUGGCAAAAUAAAUAUGAACUUCCCUCUUUACAUAGAGAAAUACAGUACAUAUUAUUCUUUAUAUCCAAGAAAACUGAGAGAAUUAACAGGAGAUACAGCCAGAAGCAGAGACAUAUUCAGCUUAAAGCCUAUUGUGGUUGAUAUUUUUGAAGUUCAAUGCACUGUGGACAGAUGAGUACUUCUUACACAAGAAUAUAUGCGGUAUAUAUAUAUUAGUCGUACAAACUGUGAUGCUGUACAGUGUGUUUGAUAUUGUUAGUUUAAACUACAAGUCCACUAGAAGCAAGAAUUUAUAAUUGUAUCUUUGUUUCUACAACUGUGGAAAGCUGGAUGCAGAUCUGUGGUUAGUAAUGGAAGAAUAAUUGUGACUCAGUUCUAGUAGCUCUGAGUUGUAAGAUGAUGAAAUCUUAACAGACU